CAUCAGCUGAUUUAACUUGUAAUAUGGCGGUCAAUGUAAAUUGUUUCUGAACAAUUUCCAGAGUUUACUACAGUUGUUGUUGUUGUUGUUGUGCGCGAAACAUCAGAUCAUGCCUUGCUGGUAUUACGACAAGAAGGAGUUGCGGAAUACUCCUUCGAAACUGGACGGAAUCAGUUACGAAACUGAGAUGAGAUACAGGAAGGAAGGUGCCAGAUUCAUCAAGGAGACUGGAUCGAAAAUGGAUCUGGGAUACAACACAAUGGCAACUGGGAUGAUCUACUUCCAUCGCUUCUACAUGUUUCAUUCCUUCAGACAGUUCCCAAGAUACGUGACAGCAUGCUGCUGUCUGUUCCUUGCCGGGAAAGUGGAGGAGACUCCGAAGAAAUGCAAAGAUAUCAUCAAGACUGCAAAGAGUCUUCUCUCUGACCAGAAAUUCCAGACGUUCGGGGAAGACCCCAAGGAGGAGGUGAUGACGCUGGAGAGAAUCCUGCUGCAGACCAUCAAGUUUGACUUGCAAGUGGAGCAUCCGUACUAUUAUCUGCUGAAGUAUGCAAAGUGCUUGAAGGGAGAUAAGACAAAGCUGCAGAAGAUGGUGCAGAUGGCUUGGACGUUCGUCAAUGACAGUCUUUGCACGACGCUGGCUCUGCAAUGGGAACCGGAGAUCAUCGCCGUCGCUCUGAUGUAUUUGGCAUGUAAGUUGAGUCAGUUCGAGGUCGUUGAUUGGAUCGGGCGCACCUCGAAGCAUCUCAGAUGGUGGGACAUGUUCGUGGAGGACGUGACCAUGGAUCUGCUCGAGGAUAUCUGUCACCAGGUGCUCGAUCUGUAUCAGUCGUCAUCGUCGACGGCGCCGGAAAGUCCGCCGUUGGCGCCGAGGGCGGCGCAGGGUUCGCACACUCCCAUCAAGGGGUUGGUGACGAGCAACGGGCAGGAAAAGAUGGACGUCGAUUCGUCGACGACGGUGGCGUCACAGCUCACGUGUGCGAUGAAGCAGCAGCAACAACAACCCGCGAUGCCGCCGGACGCUCCGCCCUAUCCGUACAACACGUUACCGCCCUAUCCGUAUCCGGCGCCCACGCACAUCGCCCCGCCCCCUGGACCGCCGCACAUGUCCGGUCCGCCUCCGCCCAUGGUCUUUCCCACAUAUCCCCCGGGAUUUCCACCGAUUCCGCCACCGAACGCGGCCGCUUCGGGAUUCUACGCAAACCCCCCGAAUCCAAAUCCGAACCUCCCGCCGCCCCACAGACCGCCAUAUUUCAAGUAAACAAACUAUGUUUGUUUCUCUCUCUCUCUCAUUAUUUUUAUAUAUAUAUAUAUACAUAUAGAGAUAUUUAUGCAUGCAUGUAUGAUGAUGAUGAUAAAUAGAUGAUAAUGAUAAAUAGCUCAGUUUAGAAUGUUGAUCUAGACGACAAACUCGGCGGCAUGCAGGAAUUAGUUGAUGUUGUUGUAAAUUAACUUUUAUUAUCAACAGGUAAACAGUAAUAAUAAUAAAUAGCUCUCGCCUCUC